AAUCCGACGUAGAUACUGAGAGUUUCAAGGAAAUGGCAACAUUUUAGAGUCACUAACUGUAAGACCAGAUGCUGGCGCUGCCUCAUCACGAGUUGACUGAGACUUUGGUUCCACACCCAAACCCGGAUUCAGCUGCAGAGCUGCCCGCAGGGCCAGAUCAGUUUGCUGUUCCACAUCAGGAUCUGAAUGACAAGCUAACCCAGCAGCAAAAGCUCCCAGCAGCGGCUCCAGUGCUGGACUGGGAACAGAAUCAGGCCUUGGUUCUGCCUUUUCGACGCAAAAGUAAGACUAAAACCAUAGGUCCAGAUCAGGCUGAAGGUCACCAGUUAUUUGAAAUACUUGUUCCUCCUCUAGGUAGUAAGAGCUCAAAACCAACGAAGUUCAUUGAUUCAGCCCCAAACCUGAAGAAGGAUUUCAUUCACCAUCGACAGCUUGCUAAAAUUGUUGUUGGAAGAACAGGCCAGUUAGAAAAUGAAACUCAGGGUCUAGAACAACAGUUGCAGGGUGAUUAUGUAGCUUCCGGUAUGGAUACCAUUUAUCCUGAGGAGAGCCUGCCUACAGAUUUUCUGGGGAACUCAGAGCAACCCCUGGAGCCCCCUAAGGAGGCUGAAAUUUCUGCAUCCCAGCAAGAGGCCCAACUUCGUCAUCCAGAGACCCCCGAGGAGGUUGAAUCUUUUUCACCCCAGGCAGAGGUCCAGGAUGAAACUGCAGAGCCCACUGAAGAGGUAGAAUCACCUCCACUCCAGCAGGAGCCUCCGUCUCAGCCUCUAGAGCUCCCUCAGGCGUUUGAACCUUCCCUACUCCAUCAAGAGGCCCCGACUCAAGCUCUAGGAUACCCCACCGAGUAUGUACUUGAAAGUCCAGUGAGUGAUGAGGCAGCAUCCCUAGCUGGCAUUCAGCAUCACGCGCAUUCAAACGUUCCCAGUGUCACACUUAAACCUCUGGAUUUGGAACUGACCAUCACUCCAGAGCCCACUACGGAAGCUGAGUUUCCUACAGCUCAGCAGGAGUCCCUGACUUCACCUCCUGAGCAUCCUGAGGAGACAGAAUCUUCUGCAACCCAGCAGGAGAGCCCAGGUCAGCCUCUAGAGCCUCUUGCAGAAGCUGAGCCUUCUCCAAGUGAACAGGGGCAACCAACGCAGCCUUCUGAGCUUAGUGAGGAAGCUGAACCCUUUCCAACCCAGCAUGAGACCCCAGCUCAGCCUGCAGAGUCUGUUGGAGAAGCUGAAACUUCUCCAACUCAGGAGGAAGCCUCAGCUCCGUUUCCAGCAGAGACAGAACCUUUUGCAACGCUGCAGGAGCAACCAGCUCAGCCUCCAGAGCCUUCUGCAGGGGAGGUGGAACCUUCUCCAACUCAACAGGUACAGCCAGCUCAGUCUCCAGAGCCUUAUGAAAUGACCGUUUCACCUCCAAGUCACCAUCAGGCUCAGCAUUCAAACAUAUCCACUAUCACCAUCAAACCUGCAGAUGUGGAGCUUAGCAUAACAGCAGGACCCACUCCAGAGGUGGGACCUUCUCCAACUCAGCACAAGCCUUCAGCUCAGCCCUCAGUGCCCCUUAUUAGUGCAGAAUUGUCUACAGCCCAGCACGAGGCCCCCACGCUGCCUCCACAGCCACCUGAGGAGGUUGAACCUUUGCCAGCCCAAGCUAUAGACGCUGUUACACCUAAUAAACUUUCAGCACAAGAGGAGACCCCAGCUCAGACUCCAGAGCUCUCUAAUGAGAUGGUAGUUCUCUCUCCAGAGCAUCACGUAACAACAGUUUCUCCUCUAGGUCAGGAUCAAGCUCAGCUUCUGCAGCGGCCCACUGUCACUGUUAAACCUGUGGAUCUUGCACUUGCCAUAACUCCAGCAUUCACUAAUGAGGUUGAAAGUUCUCCAUCCCAACAAGAAGCCUCAGCCCAGUUCACAGUGUCCCCUGAGCAGGUGAAACCUUUGUCAGUGCAGGAAGAGGUUUCAGAUCCGCAUCCAACCGCCUCUGAAAAUGUUGAACCUUCUCCAGUCCAGCAGGAGCCCCCAACUCAACCUCCAGAGGCCUCUACAGAUGUUGCAGCUCCACCUUCACUACCUAAUGAAGUGACAGGCUCACCUCUAAGUCCAGGUGAAGCUCAACAUCCAGUGCUGCCUAAUAUCACAGUUAAACCCUUGGAUCUGGCAGUUGUCUUAAGUGUAGAGCCCACUGAAGAGGUGGAACAUCCCGCAGUGCAGCAGGAGGCCCCAGCUGAGUCUCCGGUUCCCCAGGGGGGCUCAGAUAUAUCUCCUGAGCCCCCUAAGGAGGUGGUACCUUCUGCCACACAACAGGAGCUUCAGGCUCAGGCAUCAGAGCCCCCUACAGAGGUGGAACCAUUGCCAGUCCAGCCUGCCACAGAGGCUGAACGUUCCACAGUCCUGCAGCAGAGUGCAGUUCCAGCAGCAUCCCCCGAAGUGACAAUUGCAAGUCCAGAGCAGGUUCAGCUUCCACAUCCAACCUUGACUGAGGUCACAGUUCAACCUUUGGACCUGGAAAUUACGUUAACACCUGAAUCCAGUAUGGAGGCUGAACCUUCUCCAACCACGCGGCAGCCCCAAGCUCAGCCUCCAGAGGCAGUUGUAGCUCAGUCUCCAUCGCAUCCCGAGGUGCUGGUUCCAGCACCAGAUCAGGCUCAUGCUGAGCCUCCAACAUCACCCAGGGUCACAGUGAAACCUUUGGACCUGGGACUUACCAUAACUUCAGAGCCUGCUAUGGAGUCUGGAUAUUCUACAGCCGUGCUGCAAACUCCAGCCCCACCUCCCAAACACCCUGAGGUGACGCUUGCACAGCCAACCCUGCCUCAAGUCACAGUUCCACCUGUGGACCUGGGAGGUACCAUUUCUCAGCAACCAAGUCCAUCUGAGACAGUUCUUUUUCCUUCAUCUCAGCUUUCAGUAUCCACAGGUCUUCCUGAUGUAAACUAUACCCCAAAAAAGAAGCAAGCAGAACAGAAUGCCAUCACGAACAUCAAUGUAUGUGAGCUCUGUACCUGCAAAGAUGAGACGCUGUCCUGCGUGGGUCUCAGCCCCAAGCAGAAGCUCCACAGAGUGCCUGAGCCACAGCCCAACACCUACAAGAGCAUCUUCACCACCGUAAAUUUCCAAGGAAACUCUAUUUCUCACAUUGAUGAAAAUGUAUGGAAGGCAUACCGUUGGACUGAGACACUGAUCCUCAGUGACAAUCAUUUGACUGAAUUACAUAAGGACUCCUUUAAAGGCUUGCUAUCCCUCCGGUAUUUAGAUUUAUCCUGCAAUAAAAUACAGUCUAUUGAAAGACGUACAUUUGAACCGCUACCUUUUUUGCAGUUUAUAAAUCUAGGUUGCAAUCUACUCACAGAACUGAGCUUUGGAACGUUUCAGGCCUGGCAUGGAAUGCAGUUUUUACAUAAGUUAAUUCUCAAUCGUAAUCCUUUGACAACAGUUGAAGAUUCUUACCUUUUUAAAUUGCCAGCGUUAAAAUAUUUAGACAUGGGAAGAACACACGUGUCACUUACAACAGUUGAAAGCAUCCUGAUGAUGAACCUUGAAUUGGAGAAACUGAUCUUACCCAGCCGCAUGGCCUGCUGCCUCUGCCAAUUUAAAAAUACAGUUGAAGUUGUCUGUAAGACAGUCAAGCUGCGUUGCGAUGGUGAAUGCCUGACAAAUGCCGCACCUUGUGAUGAAGAAGCAUCUCUAGGGAAUGCAGAAGGAUCGUUCAUGAAGGUGUUACAAGCCCGGAAGAAGAACAACAGCACCGAGCUGACUAUUGAGCCAGAGAGGGCAUCCUCAGACCAAAGUGCUGUCAGCUUGUCAACCUUCAUGAAUGAGCAGCUGGACUCAAAUGCUGAAAGUGAUGUUAUCGGUGCACUAAACUACAUACUGCCUUAUUUCUCAGAGGGAAAUCUACGAGAUGUGGAAUCAACAUUAUUACCAGUCAUUCAGCUUCUUUUUCCAAAUGUACAAGAUGCAGAUACGCUGCUGGGCCAUUUGAAAAACAAUAUAAGGAACCCUUCCAUCAACCCUAUACCCAACAAUUCACCUGAUAAAAAUAAAUUGAGGAAACUCUAUUUUCUGGAAAAUUUGUUAGAUGCAGAAAUUCAAGAACAAAGUGAUGAGAUUAAAAAGAAAGAAAAAACUGCCAUGCUCAUACAUUCCAAACUUUUAGGUCCCAAAUUGAAGCACCAAAUCUUUCAAAAGAAAUUGGAAACUGCCGAACCACAGGAAAACAGCCUAGCAAAGACUGAGAGUGUAGGGGAAAGGCUGCUGAGAGGGAACAGCAUCCUCAAGGACCCAAGGGGCAUAAAGAAAAGGCACUUCAAAGCAGUGGGAGAUGAGAGCGUCAGGAGGAAACAGAAUGCCCAGCCAUUUGUGGAGAACACUGCCAGAGAAAGAAGUCUCACGAGCCCAUCCCCAGUAGAGCUGGAACAGCUUCACAUGGUGCAGAGGCCCCAGGAGUUAGUGGGAAACUCCUUCACCACAGAGCCUGCAUUCAUAAAGGAAGAUAAGGCAGCAGCCUCUUCUUUCCUGAAACAGUAUUCAAGGGGCAGGCUUUCUGGCUCCAUCCCUCCAAACUCCCCAUCUCAGGUUAAAAAGAAAUCAAAAGACUUACCCUCCACUAUUGCUGUUUUAGAAGAUGCAUAUGCUAGAGUUAUAAAUCUGAAGACUUCUCAACUAAUCUCACAUUCCGGGAAAAAAUACAUCUUCCAUAAAAUUCAGUCUGGUCUGGUCCAGAGAAGACCCAAAGCCGAAUUGCGUGGAAAGUUCACAGAGAAAGGUUCUCCCAGUAGAAUGAUGCUUGUGAGGCGUCCUUUCUCCGCAGUGAGAAGCCUCAUAAAUUCCCCUCCAAGAGAGGCUUUUUCAUCUUCAGGAGAACUGACUUCUCAAGAAAAUCCUUUUCCAGAAUUAUUUUCUCUUGCAGACCCUUCUACAGAGAAGCCUACUCCAGAAAGCAAUACUGCACAAAAUGUCUUUGAAGAAAUUACAAACUCUAUUCUGCCAGGAGGAACCGGCCCUGGAAUCACUGCCCAUAAGAGUGUCCCCACGGCACAUUCUGCUGUUGCUGCAGACAACUUUAUCCCAACUGUUCAACACACCAACGAAGCACAGUGGGAGGACCACAGCGUGGGCACUGAAUUAUCCUCUAAGCCCCCAGGCUCCACGUUCCCAGCACUCACAUCCCCGGGUGAUCAAUUUGAAGCUCAGCUAAACCAGCAGCUAUCAUCCCUCAUCCCCAACAAUAAUGUGAGAGGGCUCAUUUCUCAUGUUACCCGGACUUUGAAAAUGGACUGCUCGGAGACCCACGUGCAGCUGGCCUGUGCCAAGCUCAUCUCCAGCACAGGCCUCCUGAUGAAGCUCCUCAGUGAGCAGCAACAAGUAAAGGCAUCGAAGGCAGAAUGGGAUACGGACCCGUGGAAAACCGAGAACUAUAUCAGUGAGAGCGCAGGAGCCCAGGGUGAACAGAAGGAGCAGGAGCCCAGUGAGCUCACAAAAGAAGUCCCAGGAUACAACUAUAACAAGAAACUCAUCCUGGCAAUAUGUGUAACUGGAGCAGUGAUGACUUUCAUUAUCAUUUUCUGUCUCAUUCAGAUUCAUGCUCACAGGGCAGCAGCAGCAGCAGCAGCACAGGGAGAGGAAGAAACAGGGCAACUGCCCAAGGGCCACAAAAGGGGCUUUUUUCCCUUUCUUCUGCGAAAGAGAAGCUCAAGGGAAGGCGAGAGUCAGGAGGGCUUUCACUGGAGAAGGCGGCCACUUUGGCUUAGGGAUACGUAUAGACCGCUCAAUGCCACACGCAAGAAAAACAUGGCACAGAAGCUACACGACCAGGAGUCUUCUGAUGAGGAUGAGAUUUUCCAGAAGGAUGCGGGGGAAGGCAGCAGAACCCCAGCAGAGGACGUUUAGGCUGCAGAUUCGGCUGCUGGGGAGACGGGUGUGGAAAGUGAGGCCGCACACGAGACCGCGGCAGUGUGAGCCCCGUCCUGCCUCAGGCCACCUGCACAUUUCAUUUUCCAGGAUUGGCUUCUCAGCAUCACUUGUCAAAUGCUUCUUUUUCUCAUUUAAAAAAAAAUACAUUUAUUUAUUUAUUGGCUGUGUUGGGUCUUCAUUGCUGCACGCGGGCUUUCUCUAGUUGUAUUGAGCAGGGGCUAGUCUUCAUUUCA